AUGAGUUGUAAUCCGUUGCCUGUGACUUUUGGCAUGGUGGGCACAAUGUCUUUUGCUCUUAGUCUGAGGGACGCGGCGCUGGUUAUUCUUUUCUUUACCCUCGUGUCGACAGUGCCGGUGGCGUACAUGUGUACGUGGGGGCCGAAGACGGGUAUGCGACAGUUGGUGCAGGCGAGGUUUUCCUUCGGGAAGUACUUUGUUUCUCUGUUGAUAUUGCUCAACCUUGCAACGCUGACGGGGUUCUGCGUUGUCGACAGCGUCAUUGGUGGUAUGGCACUGUCGGCGGUGCAGGACGGAGCAACCAUCAACGCCACGGUGGGUAUCGUCAUCAUCGCCAUAUUGUCGCUGGUCAUCUCCUUCUGCGGCUUCGGAGUAUUGCAUCACUACGAGCGCUGGGCAUGGAUCCCAGCAUUGGCCGCACUCAUCAUUGCGGCAGGAUGCGGGGGUAGCAGUCUCAGCCAGCAAGUCGCAGCACCUGCUGCUACAGCGUCACAGGUCCUCUCGUUUGGCGGUCUCGUGGCGAGCUUCAUGCUUCCAUGGGCUGCCCUCGCGAGCGACUUCUCGACAUAUAUGCAUCCCAAGGCUCCUCCCUUCCGGAUCGCACUCUACACCUACACCGGUCUUGCGCUGCCUACGAUUCUGCUGAUGACGCUCGGUGCAGCGAUGGGAGGUGCGACGCCAAACAUUGCCUCAUGGCAGGCUGGGUACGACGUCAACGCAGCGAGUGGUGUCCUUGCAGCCAUGCUUCAGCCAGCUGGCGGAUUCGGUCGCUUCGUCACAGUCGUGCUUGCCUUUAGCAUGUUGGGUAACCUGUCGGCAACGAUGUACAGCGUAACACUAAACCUGCAGAUGCUUCUUCCCUGGCUUUUUCGCAUUCCGCGCAUCUUCUUCAGCAUCGUCAUUACUGGGAUUGUGAUUGGCGUUGCUGUCGAGGCAUCCGAGAGUUUCUUUCUCAACCUCGAGAACUUUAUCGGCGUCAUCGGGUACUGGAGUGCGGCCUUCAUUGGCAUCGCUAUCACCGAACACGUGCUGUUCCGACGCAGUAGCUUCAUGGCCUAUACCGAGGAUGACGAGGCGUGGGACGAGCCGAGCAAGCUGCCACCCGGUCUCGCGGCAAUUGGCGCGUUCCUGCUCUCCUUUGGCCUCAUCAUCCCGUGCAUGGGACAGAUCUGGUGGACAGGACCCAUCGCGGAGACUACGGGCGACAUCGGGUUGGAGGUAGCAGUUGUGCUGGCAGCGGUGCUCUAUGUACCGUUUCGGGUAGCAGAGAGGAGGAUAUACGGGAGAUCGGGGGAAGUUGUUGCCUCGGUUGAAAAGGCGCAGGAGAAGCUCAUCGAGUCGACUUCCUCGGUGCCACAGAGCACGGCGGCUCAGCAGAGCGACAAUGUUGCGCAUGCGCUGGCUGGCGCUGGUGGAGGACUGCUGUCCAUGGCCCUGACCUACCCGCUCAUCACCCUCUCUACCCGCGCCCAGGUCGAAUCCAAGCGCGCGCAGUCAUCGACGCUCAAUGCCGCGCGCCGCAUCAUCAAGCGCGAGGGUGUCGCAGGCCUCUACGCCGGUCUCGACUCUGCCCUCUUCGGCAUCAGCGUCACAAACUUCGUAUAUUACUACUGGUACGAAUGGACCCGCUCCUUCUUCGAGAAGGCUGCGCUCAAAGCCGGUCGCGCCUCCUCAAAGCUCACCACGGUCGAGUCCAUGAUGGCAGGCGCCCUCGCCGGCAGCGCAACCGUCCUCAUGACCAACCCCAUCUGGGUCGUCAACACGCGCAUGACGACGCGCAAAUCCGAAGCCUCCGACGAGUCGCUCCCGGGCGCACCUACGCCCGCACAGAAGGCGCCAUCGACGCUUGGCACGCUCUUCGCCCUUGUCCGCGAUGAGGGCCCCGCGCGCCUGUUCGCUGGUGUCAUGCCGGCGUUGGUCUUGGUCAUCAACCCCAUUCUGCAAUACACCGUGUUCGAGCAGCUGAAGCAGAUGCUGGAGAAGCGGAGGAGGGUCACGCCCAAGGAUGCCUUCUACCUUGGUGCGCUGGGCAAGCUGUUGGCUACCAGCAUCACCUACCCGUACAUUACUGUCAAGAGCAGGAUGCACGUUGCGGGCAGGGAUGGACCGAGGGAGGACAUGUUGACCACCUUCAGACGCAUCAUCAGGGAGGAGGGAUACACUGGCCUGUAUGGAGGUAUCGGACCCAAGGUCACCCAGAGUGUCAUCACCGCCGCCUUCCUCUUCGCUUUCAAGGACGCUCUCUACGCCUACACGAUCCAGGCACGCAAGAAGCUUGCCAUGCGCAAGGUCUAG